ACGACUACGCACUGAGGGAGAAAUACGUGGAAUUCAUGAGGGAAUACAUCAAGUUGGAGGCGAUAGAUGGUUCUCCAGAUGGCAUGGGAAGCUGUUAUUACAUCCCUCACCAUGCUGUUACGACUAAAUUCAGAGUAGUGUUUAACGCAUCGUGUAAAACAACCAACGGCGUAUCUCUUAACGAUACGCAACUAAGUGGACCCCAGCUACAGGAAAACCUGGUUGACAUACUUCAUCGAUUUCGGCGGUAUUCAGUUGCUCUCACAGCUGAUAUCAGAAAGAUGUUCCGACAAGUAAUGGUUGAUUCAAGGCAUCGAAAAUGGCAACAGAUACUUUGGAGGGAGUGCCAUAAUGAACUCUUGCGUACCUAUCAACUGUCUACAGUGACGUACGGUAUGGCAAGCAGUCCUUUUAAUGCUAUUAGAACAUUGAGGCAGUGUGCCUAUGAUAAUUGGGAAGUGAUCGCUGACGUCAGCCGGGCAGCUGCAGCACGGGACAGCAUCCUUCAUAGCUUUUAUGUCGAUGAUUAUUUGGAAAGUGUUCACACGACAGAACAGGCCAUCAACCGGGCAAGCGACGUUGAUGCCAUUCUUCAACAAGGUAAAUUUGAAUUAGAUAAGUGGAACUCCAACUGCGUCCAGACCCUGGAAAGAAUCAGUGGCUCUAAGGCGUCUGCAUCGGAGAUAAAUUUUAGCGAUUCUAGCACAACGGUAUUGGGCCUACACUGGAAUCCUAUUACUGAUACC